UGUAAACUGGAGACUCUGAGGUUAUCAGGCUGUCUAGUCACAGAGGAAGGCUGUGCUUCUCUGGUCUCAGCUCUGAGGUCAAACCCCUCACACCUGAGAGAGCUGGACCUGAGCUACAAUCACCCAGGAGACUCAGGAGUCAGACUGCUCUCUGCUGGACUGGAGGAUCCACACUGCAGACUGGAGAAACUCAAUGUGGAACAUGGUGGAGAGAACAGAAUGAAACCUGGACUUAGAAAAUAUGUCUGUGAUCUCACACUGGACCCAAACACAGUAGACAGACACCUUUCUCUGUCUGAGGAGAACAGAAAGGUGACAUGGAGGAGAGAGGAGCAGCCGUAUCCUGAUCACCCAGAGAGAUUUGAGGGCUGGAGACAGGUGCUGUGUAGAAAGGAUCUGACUGGGCGCUGUUACUGGGAGGUAGAGUGGAGUGGGGAAAGGGCUGGUAUAGGAGUGACAUAUAAAGGAAUCAGCAGGAGAGGAAGAGGAGGGGUUAAGGAGUGCUGGCUUGGACACAAUGACAAGUCCUGGAGUCUGUCCUGCUCUGACAACAGUUACAUUGCCUGGCACAAUAGUAAUCCCACUACCAUAGACGUCCCCCCCUCCAGCUCCCACAGAGUAGGAGUGUAUCUGGACUGGCCAGCCGGCACUCUGUCCUUCUAUAGAGCCUCCUCUGACACACUGACCCACCUGUUUACAUUCACCUCCACAUUCACUGAGCCCCUCUAUCCAGGGUUUUGGGUUGAUUACAACUCCUCACUGUCCUUGUAAAUAAUAACCUGACACACACACACAUUGAAACACACAAACACUGGACACACACACACAAUAGAAUUACACACACUGGACACACACACACACACUGGACACACACACUGAACACACACAUUGGACACACACACGCAAACACACACACACACACACACACACACACACACACUGGACGCACAAGGUGGACACACACACACACAAAAACACACACUGGACAAACACACACACACACACUGGACAAACACACACACACACAGUGGACAUACAUGCACACACUGAACACACAAACACACACUGGACACACACAUUAGACACACACAAACAAACACAUACACAAACUGGACACACAUUGGACACACACAAACAAAGAGAUAUUGGACACACACACACACACAUUGGACGCACACUCACACACACACACACACACACAAACACACAGCGGACACACACACACAGUGGACACACACACACACACACACACACACACACACACACACACACACACACACACACACACACACACAAACUGGACACAAAGACACUAACACACACUCACACAAACACACUGGACAGACGCACACACACUGGACACACACUCACACACACACACCAAGUGGUUCCACAAACACAGAUAUCACUUCAAAACCUGAAAAACUCCAAUGGAGAAAUAGCCAUUCAGGGCACCAGUCUAGUGAGGACAAGUGGUUGCUAGACAGUUUCUGGACCACAGGUUCUAGAACAGCUUCUAUCCGAGUUCUAUCUGCCUGUUAAAUCAGUUUCUGGACCACAGGUUCUAGAACAGCUUCUAUCCCAGUUCUAUCUGCCUGUUUAAUCAGUUUCUGGACCACAGGUUCUAGAACAGCUUCUGGACCACAGGUUCAAGAACAGCUUCUAUCCGAGUUCUAUCUGUCUGUUAAAUCAGUUUCUGGACCACAGGUUCUAGAACAGCUUCUAUCCCAGUUCUAUCUGCCUGUUUAAUCAGUUUCUGGACCACAGGUUCUAGAACAGCUUCUAUCCCAGUUCUAUCUGCCUGCUAAAUCAGUUUCUGGACCACAGGUUCAAGAACAGCUUCUAUCCCAGUUCUAUCGGCCUGUUAAAUCAUCAAACUAAACUGUUUCCAUCAGACUAUUAGAACAUGACUAAACCUUUUAGUUCCUUUUCUGAUCUUUUACCACUUUGCAUUUUUCAUUAUAUAUUUUACUGUUUGUGUUUGUACCACAGGAGGUUGGUGGGACCUUAAUUGGGGAGGACAGGCUUGUAAUGGCUGGAGGGGAAUAAGUGGAAUGGUAUCAAACACGUGGUUUCCAUGUGUUCCAUUACAUUCACUCUGUUCCAGACAUUAUUAUGAGCCGUCCUCCCCUCUCCAGCCUCCUCUGGUAUGUACUGUCCUAUAUGUGAGAGAGAUCCAACAAGGAAUUACAAUGUUUGUAUUGCUUUUUAAACCUGCAAAUGGCAAAUAAACUACUAGAACUCCUUAUGAAUGUCUUCAGCCGACUAGACUGUUGGCGUCUGACAAGAGGUGAAAAUAUUACAGGAAUAUUCUGCAAAUGUUGAUGAAGACGUCACUCAAUCCCCCCAAAACAUCAUGCAGUCUUUCCACAAGACUCCCAUGAAGUUAUAGUGUGACGUUAUGAGUUGACGUUAAAGUAACAUUCUCAGAACAUACUGCACUUGUUUUAUAAUGUUUUAGAUGGAUCCUCUGUUUAUCAUCUUGUUUUAUACUGUUUUAGAUGGAUCCUCUGUUUAAACAUUUAAACUCUUACAAUAACACACUUAAAAUACCAAUGUGAUCAUUUGUUGUCUUUUAUGUUGAAUAACAAAUUGUACAAUUAUAUAUGGCUUACGCGGUAUCGAUUCUUCAUUGCUUCUGCCAGUCGCAGGUUGAUGUUUGUCAUGAAUCUUGACCUGGAAGUUGAACUGCGAGAUUUUCUCUAGAUAAGCCAGCUGCAAAGUCAAAAUUGGCUGUGGAAAAUAAUGUUUUUUUUUAUGGUCUUAAUUUAAGGGAAGGAUUAGCAGUGUGGUUAGGAUUGAGGUUAGAAUUAAAAUCUGAUUUUAUUACUUUGUGCCUGUGCCAACUAGUGACCUCUUUGCUGAACUACCUCCAGGGCAAGAUUCAUGACAAUAAAUGCUAACCUGCCUCCCAGUCAUCCCCUCCUUAUCUUUACAAGGCUGAGGAACAUGCAAGCUAGUGAUGUGGGGGUUCUCUCAUAACCCUCAGUCCCCAGGUGGGUAGAUGGCAGGUUGAAUAAAGAGAAGCUAGUGAUGUGGGGGUUCUCUCAUAACCCUCAGUCCCCAGGUGGGUAGAUGGCAGGUUGUAUAAAGAGAAGCUAGUGAUGUGGGGGUUCUCUCAUAACCCCCAGUCCCCAGGUGGGUAGAUUGCAGGUUGUAUAAAGAGAAGCUGGUGAUGUGGGGUUAUCUCAUAACCCUUAGUCCCCAGGUGGGUAGAUGGCAGGUUGAAUAAAGAGAAGCUAGUGAUGUGGGGGUUCUCUCAUAACCCCCAGUCCCCAGGUGGGUAGAUGGCAGGUUGAAUAAAGAGAAGCUAGUGAUGUGGGGGUUCUCUCAUAACCCCCAGUCCCCAGGUGGGUAGAUGGCAGGUUGAAUAAAGAGAAGCUAGUGAUGUGGGGGUUCUCUCAUAACCCCCAGUCCCCAGGUGGGUAGAUGGCAGUUUGAAUAAAGAGAAGCUAGUGAUGUGGGGGUUCUCUCAUAACCCCCAGUCCCCAGGUGGGUAGAUUGCAGGUUGUAUAAAGAGAAGCUGGUGAUGUGGGGUUAUCUCAUAACCCUUAGUCCCCAGGUGGGUAGAUGGCAGGUUGAAUAAAGAGAAGCUAGUGAUGUGGGGGUUCUCUCAUAACCCCCAGUCCCCAGGUGGGUAGAUGGCAGGUUGAAUAAAGAGAAGCUAGUGAUGUGGGGGUUCUCUCAUAACCCUCAGUCCCCAGGUGGGUAGAUUGCAGGUUGUAUAAAGAGAAGCUGGUGAUGUGGGGUUAUCUCAUAACCCUUAGUCCCCAGGUGGGUAGAUGGCAGGUUGAAUAAAGAGAAGCUAGUGAUGUGGGGGUUCUCUCAUAACCCUCAGUCCCCAGGUGGGUAGAUGGUAGGAUGUUAAGGGAAUUUUUUUGAUCAAUAAUGACUAAUUCUGUAUAAAUUUCAAUCAGGACUGACUAAUCAGAAUACUAUUAUGUUACUGUAUAUAUAUGCAUUUUCAUUUUAAUCCUAGUACUGAAUAUAAUGUGUGUAAAUAUAAUCAAGAAUUAGAACAAUGACUGUCUGUUCCUUGGUAGAAAUGAAUGAACUUAUAGCCAGACUGGCUAGAAGGCUUAUCUACACAGGCAGACCUUGGCUCGGUCAUAUAUUAUCUUAAUAGGGAGAGACAUGUGAGAACCAUACAGCCUUAGUACUAGAACGGAGAUGACAUGGGCUAGUACUAAAACUAAUGACGUCAUUUUCAGUUUAUAACCUGUGGUAAAAUGUGUGAGGAGCAGUACUCUCGUGAAUAAAAGCUGCUGUUUGACUUUAA